AUGGCACCCCAAAUUAUUCGCUUGCCCGACGGUCAGACCUUUACUGUUACACCCGUCUUUGCUGGCCUCGGCUUCAAGAGCCACGAGCUCAACACGCAUCACAAUGCUUUCCCUGUGGGAUGGACCGUCGUCCUGAAUACAGAAUCCGAAUGUGAUAGCAAUACCGAGAAGCAGGAUGGGGAGGAGAGGGAAAACGGCGUCGCUCUCGAUAGCCCGAAGCGGCAGUUCCAAUCCUUCAAGCAACCGACACUGCAAGGCGACAACCUCUUCAUCUCAUCCAUCGCGAACCCUUCCACCUCCGAGUUUAAGCCCGCCGCGAGCCCCACACGGCAGAUUGCCAUGAUGCUAUGGAUUACGCUCUACUGGUACUUCCACCAACCCGAACCAGCGCCUCAGAUAUCCGCGCAAGCAGCAGAGAAGACGCCUCAGUUAGCCAAGCCGCGGGGCGAAUGGAAGAUCAACAUCAAGCGGGAUGGCGUGUUGCGAGGGCGCAAUCUGAUUCCCAAGCUUGAGCGCAUGGGGCUCAUCACCUCUGGACAAAGCGCUGUUGGGACAAGCCUGGACGACAACGGAGAGGAUUGGUCUAAUAUGUUUGUGUCGAAGCGCAUGUUUUGGCAACUACCUGGACGGCUGUUCUUGUUUUCUCUUCAGCCGAAUAAAUCGGGUUCGACGUAUGAUUCAGUUCCUGGAUCACCAAUUGGUAGUCGCCCGACCUCACCUCUACCAUUGGAACCAGCGUCACCCUUUCACAAGACGUUUCAGCGCCAUUCGCCCCAUUCAUCAAUUAAUCGAAUAGAUCAUGACCUUCCUGGUGGCCCUACGCCGACCUCAAUGUCGUCACCGCCAAGUUUUCCCAUCGGUCCUUUCUAUUCCAGCUCACAUCUCCCAACUUACUACCCGCCUCCUCCUCUUCAAUACAUGUUUACGAAUAAUAUCCGCCAUCCAAUGCGACCGAAGCCGCCGAGAAUGGGCGAAGUAUUCUACACCAGAUUUGUCCCCAGUGUUAACCAGUAUCUCUCGUUCCGAGUCGCUUCCAUCUCGCCUAACCCUGUGCUUUACCUAGGCCCUGUUGGACCCCAACCACCAGAGCAGUCUCAUUUGUCUACGAUGAGCGAUGCGUCUCUGAUACAAAUGUGGAUGAAGAAACCUCGCGUGAGCGCAUUCUGGGGCGAGUAUGAUGACAAGUUCCUCACCAAUAUCCUCAACCAGCCAAACUCUUUCCCUGUUAUCGGAUUGUGGGAUGGAGUGCCGUUUGGAUACUUUGAGGUUUACUGGGUGAAAGAGGACAUCCUAGGACAACACAUUGGUGGCGAGGCGGCUGAGUGGGAUCGAGGUCUUCAUGUGUUCAUCGGAGAAGAAUGGGCAAGAGGACGUGUUCCAAUCUGGUUAACAGGGUUGGUUCAUUGGUGCUUUACAUCGGACUACCGAACAAUGAGUGUGUGUCUUGAACCAAGAGUGGACAAUGCAAGGUUCUUGCAAGGGCUUGAAAAGACAGGCUUUUCCCGCGAGAGGCAGGUUUCGUUUCCUCAUAAGCAGUCUUGGCUUGUGCGAAUGCGUCGCGAGCAAUGGGAGGGACCGACACUAUAG